UCAGACCUUGGCCAAGCGGUUCGGACGUGGCUCUACUCUUGGCCCUGCGCGAAAAAGCCAGAUACGUUACGUACCGCAUCUACGUACAUCGCCAUGCUUACGUGAGGAUGGCCCUUCAUCCAGUAGUUGGCCAUGCAUCGGCAUUAAGUGUCCACAGAGUGGUUGAUCUGGCUAUAAGGUUUACACAAACAUGAUUUAAUCGGGAGAGUUCGCUCGCUGAAUCUUCCAAUUUCCCUCAAUUUGUUUAUGUAAUUUGUUUACACUUCACUCAAGCCCCUUCGGCUCUGUUUGUUGUUUGCUUUCCGUUCUGGUUGUUGUUUCUUUCGAUGUUGUGUGGUGUACUUAAUUGGUGUACUUAAGAUCUCUGGACCAUAGUUGAUAUGUAUAUGUAUAUUCCCAAUAUGUGUUUUAUGUGUACUUGAUGUUUAUUUAUGUAGUGAUUUAUUGGUUGAAUGCCGUUGUUAAUUGGUGUUUUAAUGCAAACAGUCCUAUUUGUAUGGCAUAUAUUUUAAGGAAAAUUAAGAUAAGCAUUGUUUUUGAUAUAGCACCGACCAAAUGUGAAUCACGAAAUUCUUGGACCUUGCUUAGGGACACGAGACUAGAGCUUAUCUGAGUCUAGUUUUCAGCUGGCAGCUGUCACUUGAUAACCCGGAUAAAUAUAUGCAUUUUUUGAAAUUGGCCAUGCUCACUCACUUAGGCGACUUAGGCAACUUGUUUAAGGUUAAACUUUGGCUCAAGGUUCAGCUUGUCAGCGAUGGAAAUUAAAAAAAGAACAAAUUACGCACAAAUUACGUUUAAGUAAGCUUACAUACAAACAUAAAUGCCCAACCAUUUGCAUAGUUGGUUCGGUUGUCCAGGAAAUUCGUGAAAUUUCAGUGCCGCUUGUUUUGAGAUUUGUGUUGACACACGACUCGAGAUGCACAGUAGGAGAUGUCGAGAUAGGCGGCCUACCUUAUCAGCAUCACGGAGUGACAUUAUCAACCCGAACUAAGCCUAAAAUCUACUGCCCCCACUAAUUUAUGGCUGAGAAAAAUAUAAUACAACUUACAAAUCUAACGACAAAAUUGUAGGAAAUAAUCCGCUGCGGUCGGUCCAUUCAGUCAACUCUCGUAUCCCCAAGCGAUCAGACGCUCCAAGGGCGGGCCAAAAACGAUAUCCGGACAUAUAGUACAUAUAGUAUAUAGUGUUUACAGUGAUCAGUGAUCGGUGAUCUGUGAUCGGUGAACAGUUAACUUGUCGAGCCAUGGCGGGCUACAGAUCGCUGCCCUUGGCUCCGGUGGCAGCAACGGCGGCAGUGCAGCCGACGAUGGGAGGAGUAGGAGUGCCGCCCACGAUGGCCGCCUAUGCGCACCACCAAUCGAUGACGGCGAUGUCGAACAACGGUAUUAUCUAUCAGUCGGCGGUGCACGCCUCCAUUCACAGCCUCAAUACGGUCCAGAGCCAGCACCGAUCCUCAACCACCACCCAUCAUCACAUUCUAGCCACGGCAACAGCAACGGCGACUGCAACGGCGGCGGCUGCAGCUGCAACAGCAACAGCUGCCGCGGCGGCAGCUGCAGCAGUGGUGGCCCUGCCGACGGCAUCAGCAGCAGCCGCAGCGCCGCAGCAGCACGCGGCCUACGGACAGCAGCAGCAGCAGCAGCAGCCGCAGCAGCAUCUCCAGCAGCAGCAGCAACAUCUUGGCCAGCACCACCAGCAACAUCCGCAGCAACACGCGCAGCAGCAGCAGCAACUGAUGACCCAUCAGCAGCACGCUGUGGCGCAGCAGCAACACCAUCACCUGCAGCAGCAGCAGCAGCAGCAGCAUCUUCAGCAGCAGCAGCAGCACCACCACCACCAUCACCACCACCACCAUCAGCAGUUGUCGCUGCACCAGAACCACCUGUACUUCAGCGGUGCCAGUUUGGGUCACCACCAUCACCAUCGGCAGAUCUUCAGUCAUCUGCAGAGCGCCCUAAUGCCUCUGAGUGUCAAUGGCGAACCCAUCAAGCUGCCCGACAAUUUGGAGAGCCUGCCAAGAGCCGACAGUUUUCCAUCACAGCGUCAUCGUUGGAAUACAAAUGAGGAAAUCGCUGCGAUUCUUAUCAGCUUUGAUAAGCAUGGCGAGUGGCAGUCCAAAGAGGUUCGAACCAGACCCAAAAGCGGAUCGCUCUUGCUCUACUCGAGGAAGAAGGUGCGCUACAGACGCGAUGGUUACUGCUGGAAGAAGCGCAAGGACGGCAAGACGACGCGCGAGGAUCACAUGAAACUGAAAGUACAAGGCACUGAGUGCAUCUAUGGUUGUUAUGUACACUCGGCCAUAUUGCCCACAUUUCAUCGCAGAUGUUACUGGCUGUUGCAGAAUCCGGACAUUGUUUUGGUGCACUACCUGAAUGUCCCAUAUCCGGAUGAUAAUAAAAUGGCCGUGAUUGCGCCCAGUAUCACGCUUUGGGGCGAUAAAAAGGAGUGGACCAAGGAGGAGCUGGUCAGCCAGCUCAAGCCCAUGCUGUCCACAAUUAACUCUGAUGACGACUCCGACUCGGGCAACGAUAUAGAAAUAUCAACGGCGGAGACGGUGGAGUCCAUAGUGUGCCAGCUGAUGGAGAAGCAGAGGCUGUCGCGCCAGGCUGCCUUGGUCAAGCAGCUGGACUGCGGGUGCGGGGAUGGAGGAUGUGUGGACGGCAAGACCUGCACGCAUCCCGUGAUGCGCCGGUCGGCCGCCAUGCUGAAGUCCUCGGUGCAGGAGAAACGGCUGGGCGAGCCCUUCAACAGCAACACGCCCAACGUGGUGGUGGCCAGCAAGCUCUACUCCCGAUGGGCGGAGCGGCCAAGACAGCACGUGGACAAUCACGGCCAGUUCCACAACGUCACGCAGCAGUUGCCGCAGGAGUCGGCCAUUAAGUUUCAGAUCAUUCCGCCGCAGCAGCAGCAGCAGCAGGAUGGGAACUACCUGCAGCAGCAGCAGCAGCAGCAGUAUCGGGGUGCAAGUCAUAUGCUCGCCGCAAGGAGUAAUCUGGUGAUGCAGCAACAGCAGCAGCAGCAGCAGCAACACCAGCAGCUGCAGCAAUACCAGCAGCACCAGCAACAGCAGCAGCAGCAGCAGCACUUGAGCCUACAGCGAUUUGUUGCCAGUCAGGGCCAGAAUUCGGUGCAUCUCAAUCAGCAGCACAGGCUGCAAAUAGCCAAUACAACGAUCACAGCCACAGCCAGAGAUCCUGCGGCGUCUUCAGCAGCGGCAGCCUCAGGAGCAGCAGCAGUCGCCUCGAAUAUUAUGGACACCGAACUAAUUGAAAACCAAAACCACAUGACCGCAAACAAAAUCACAAACUCCGGCAGCAGCAAUGGCAGUAGCAGCAAUGCCAGCAAGCAAUUAGCAGCCCAAACAAACAACGAAUUAAAUAUCGUAAAUAAUAACGACCCCGGCAACAAUAACUUUAUGUACAAUCAACAGCAGCAACUUAAUGCUUCCAGCAACAGCAACAACAGCAGCCAGCAGCAGCAGCAGCAGCAACAUUAUUAUAAAUUGCAGCAGACAACAGCAACCCCAACUAGUGGUCAGCCGCCUCCUCUGGCGCAAGUUCAACCCCACUCCUUGGCCCAACCUCCCGUGGAAGCCAUGUGCAUGUCACCCGAGCAUCGCAGCAGCAGCCAGGCCACACCUGCAACGUCUUCCGCUGGCAGCCUCCCCUCCUCCGUAUCCGUAUCCAUAUCCGUGUCGACAUCCACAUCCACACCCACAGCCACUCCCACUCCCACUCCCACGUCCAUAUCCACGCCCACGUCGGGCACUUCGUCCACUUCGAGUUCCUUACAAUCGAUUAUCGAUGGCAAUCAGCAGCAGCAAAUUACAACGACGUCGACGGCAGCAACUUGUGAUAAUUUAAUGAGCGCCAAUGCGCUCUCCGAGCAGGACAGCCACGCAGUCAACAAUCAGGCCACAGAAGCGCCCAACAGGAGUCAGCUGCACCCGCAGCAGCAGCUGCAGCCGCAGCCGCAGGCGCAGCCGCUAACUCAAUCCCUGAACCAAAAUGGUUGUGCAACAUACAGUGCUUCCAGUGAUAACAGCAGCCAAAUUAGUGACGAAAGCAGCAGCUUUGGCGGUAACAAUCAAAACAGCAGCAACAGCAGCAGCAGCGAGGAGGAGCCCCAGGUGGAAACGCUGGGCUUUUUCAACGAGACCUUGGACCUAUCCCACGAGGAUAUCCAGCGCACUUUGAUAGCGAAUAUGCCAUACAAUACGACAGCAGCGGGCGCCACUGCACCAAGUACAACGAUAACAACAGGCCACAGCAAACUGGAGCUGAGUCAACAGGAGCCGGAGAAGAAGCCCUCGAUGAGAACGGAAGCCGGAACCGAGGCUGAGGAGGAUGAAACCGACGAUGUGUUUGCCAAUCUGGAUGCCUUCGAUAUGCUCGUGGAGUUUCCCGAACUGGAUUUGGACGACAAGCAGGCCCUGAAUAACACGGCGCUGGAGCAGGGCUCCUUCCUGAGAGAGACCGCACCAGCGCAGCCACGCAAGGUACACAACAUAUGCGACUUUAGUCCGGAAUGGUCGUACACGGAGGGAGGCGUUAAGGUUUUGGUGGCCGGACCUUGGACGAGCUCGAAUGGCGGCGCCUAUACGGUGCUGUUUGAUGCGCAGCCCGUACCCACGCAACUGGUCCAGGAAGGAGUGCUCCGCUGCUAUUGUCCGGCCCACGAGGCCGGAUUUGUGACUCUGCAGGUGGCUUGUGGCGGAUUCCUUGUUUCCAACUCCGUCAUGUUUGAGUACAAGCUGUCCCUGCUGGCGGAUGCGCCAUUCGAUGCCACCAGCUCCAACGAUUGCCUGUACAAGUUUACGCUGCUCAAUCGCCUGUCCACCAUUGACGAGAAACUGCAGGUGAAGACGGAGCACGAGCUCACGACCGACAACACUGCGCUCUGCCUGGAGCCAAACUUCGAAGAGAAGCUGGUAGCAUAUUGCCACAAGCUGAUCAAGCACGCCUGGAGCAUGCCCAGCACAGCCGCCUCAUGGACGGUGGGAUUACGUGGCAUGACGCUGCUCCACUUGGCCGCCGCCUUGGGCUAUGCCAAGCUGGUGGGCGCCAUGCUCAAUUGGCGUUCGGAAAAUCCACAUAUCAUUCUUGAGACCGAACUGGACGCCCUCAGCCAGGAUGUCUACGGCUUUACUCCGCUCGCCUGGGCCUGUGUGCGUGGCCAUGUAGAGUGCUCGCUGUUGCUCUACAAGUGGAACCACAAUGCGCUGAAGAUCAAGACGCAGGCACAGCAAACUCCUCUGGAUUUGGCCAGCAUGCGGGGCCACAAAAGCUUGCUGGCGCAGAUGUAUCGCUUGGAGAAGGAGCGCUGCCGCAAGCCGCAGCUGCGCGGAGGCUUGGCCAAUCUAUCCAUGAACAUGGGCGUGGAGGCGGAGGCGGAAGAACAGCACCAGAGCUUCAGCGCUUUCGAUUUGGAGCUCCAGCGCAAGCAUGAUGGCGUUUUCCUGAGACCCGUCGCGGUGCACAGCAAUCAGAGUCCACCCAAUAGUAGCAGUCGUUACUCCAAACGUUCCUCUAUAGACAGUGGCAUUAACAUGGACAUACGCAGCAAGUCUGGAAAGCCGCUGGCCAGGCUCCAUAGCAACUUUGAGAGCCAUGACAGCUAUGCCUUGGGCGUUGAUUCGCCGCUGGAUUCGCUGACUGGAACCAACUGUCUUCUGUCGCCGCUGCGCAAGAUGGACUUUGCCCUCUGCGAGGUAUCCACGGGCGAAUCGAGUCCCGUGCACGACAAAGAUUGCGACGACAAUUCGACGAGCGCGACCGACGUGACCAUUGGCAAUGAUUUGGCCCUGCCCGAUGCCGUUGUAGGGGACUCCGAUGCCAAAGUUCUGACAUUAGCUGAACACAUAAUAGCAGCCAUGCCGGAGCGGAUCAAGAACGAAGCCGAUGAAAUGAUGGUGCUGGGCAGUCCCUUGACAGAACCGCUCACAUCAGAGUCUUCAGCGCUGACGGACAGCUUCAUGGAUCCCCUGCUCGAUUCGCUGCCCAACACACAUUUCGACAGCGACUUCAGCUUCGACUUCCAUGACCACAGCUAUCGCUAUCACGACGUCAGCACGCCCUGCUCCAGCUUGAGUCCCGCCAGCUCGGGACCGCUGCAGUCCCCAGCCAGUUACUCCAUUUUGGGCACCGAUCCCUCAGUCAGCUCGCCCAGUCCCCCGCCAUCCACCAAACAGUUGACGGAGUUUCUGCACGCCUCCAGCAUCUCGUCCUAUCCUUUCGAGGCGGAUUUCUCCAAGCUAACCCUGACAGACACGGAGCAGCGAGAGCUCUACGAGGCUGCCAAGUGCAUUCAGAAGGCCUAUCGCUCGUACAAGGGUAGACAGAAGCUGGAGGAGCAGAACAAGGAACGGAGCGCCGCCACUGUAAUCCAGAACUACUACAGGCGGUACAAGCAGUAUGCCUAUUACAGGCAGAUGACCAACGCCGCCCUGGUGAUUCAACAUGGCUACCGCUCCUACAGACGAAACAAGCGAUUCAAGAAGAGCGGCUUGUGCCUGAGCAGCUCCAGUGAUCAUGGAAGUGUGAGCAGCAAUUCCCAGUGCCUGUCCAGCUUUUACGAUCACUACAAACAGGAUCAGCAGCAGCUUCACGAGAUGGGCUCCCAGCCCAGCACGCCCAAGGAAACCAGCCCCUCGGGUCCCUUGAAGCGCACCUACUCGCAGUCGACUCAAAAUCAAGCUGCCCGGAAAAUACAACAGUUUAUGAGACAAUCACGCAUCAAACUACAGAAAGAGCGAGCCGAAAAAGAGAAGCUGGUGCACCAACGCAGGGCGGAAUACCUUCAAAACUUGCAGUUUCAAGGGCAGCAGGAAAUGUUGGUGUGCCACGAAAAUAGCAUUUCUGCGCCAAGCAGUGGCAACACCAAUGCGAGCAACAACAACAAUCUACACCAAAUACAAUCCAAUCAGUGAGGGUCAACUGAGUGAAUUUUUAACAUAGGAACGGAACAAGCUGCGGUUCCUUAAGAAUUUAUGAAUAGCUUUAACAACCGAGUGAAACUUUCUACUUUCGUAUUUGCUCCGACUAGGAAACAUAAUCCCAAGCACCUCUGUAGUGAAACUUUGUUUCAAACUCUCUUUUACACAGACAACAGAAGAUCUAAAUUAGUAGCAAAUACCUGCACUUUUAUUAAUUUGCCUAACGAAUUUUAAGAAUCACACAUUGUUUUCGAAGUGAAUGUGGCUUAGGCAAGCGGUCUUUUAAGAUAUUACUUAAACCUAAACUUAACUGAAGAUCGGACUCCAACUCGAAAGAACUUAUUACUGAAGCCUUUAAAAACUUUUUAACUCCAAUUAUAGUAAAAAAAGUAGCCUGCUAUAUAUACAUAUUAUAUACAUACAAUUUAAACCAAUAUUACGCAUGUGUAUGCAUCUAUAUAGUUACAUUUGUAUAUAGAUAUUGCCUAACUAACUAAACUCUAGUCUAUUUUAACGUACUACCAAGCUCUGCGAUGCGACUAAGCUUGUCUCUAAAGCAAAAUACAAAAAUAACGAAAAACCUACAACAUUAAUCCUCGAUACUAACUAGCUGCUAACUGCUCUUUAGGUUUAAUCAUAAGACUCCACUGAAAGUCCAAAGUUGUUGUUGAUUUCUAAAAUCAAAUUCGUGUGGAGAGCGCAGCAGAUACCGAUUUAUCAUAUUUCAAAGAAGUAAACCCUAUUCUAAUUUUCUAAUACGGAAGUACUUAAUUCGAUAAUGUGUACUAAGUCUUAACUUAUCUGACUAUACAGACUAAGCAUAGCUAAUAAUAGUUUAAAUCACAGGAUGUGUGCAUGGGCACACAUCCAAAUCAAUGUGCAGUCAGCCAGCAAACUGAUGAAAAGUAUUGAUACAUGGAAUUUCCGACUUUUUGCCGCUGCAAAUCCAUUACACCCGAUUGAUCGCGCCAUUCAAUCUUAACUGCUUGAAGACACAGCCAAAACACGAAAAGAAGCAAGAGAGAAAAGUUUUUAAACUAAAUGUAACAAUAAAUGAAUUUUUGUAAAUUAUUUUUGUCCGUCCACAUUGUUAGCUUUCAUAACAUACCAACAAAAACAUAUAUACUUACAAAUAUACAUCAUAUAUAAUAUAGAAUGAGCCGAUAACUCAAUGCGAAAACUCAAGAAACAAUUUUUAAAGGAUCGUUCUAGUUCAAGUUAAUAAACACUGGCAAAUGGGCAAAUGAAGGGCGAUAGAUGUACAUAAACCAGCUCCAAAACUAUGUCCUGCACGUAGGAAUGGACACACUUACCUCUAGCAGUCCCAAACAACAUAAAAUAAAAACCCAAAAACCAAAAAACCAAACUCACAAAAACCCAAGUGCAAAUAAAGCAACUUCAAGUGCGAGAGUGUAAAAUCUGCGUAUUACGAUGUGCAAAUGGGCUGUAAGUUAACUUUUACUCGACGAAUGUUUGUCACAACAAAAUGCGCAGCUGUUGAGUAUGGGUGGGAUUUAGAUCUAUCACAUUGUUAACUAUUAAACUACGAACUAUUAUACUUAAUUCGCACUAUUAUUACUCUACGAAUACGAAACUUUGAUUGCAUUUUGCUCUAACUAAACUAUGUUUAAAUCUGAUCAACUGAUUCGAAAUAAAGACUAAAUACGAUUUCACUACUCAACUGACUUAAGAAUUGCAAUCAAUUUUGUUAACUGUUUAGGCAGGGUGUUAGACAUGUACCAGCUGAAUACUAAAUCCAAUUAAUUGCAAUAUUUGCACAUACUACACACACAAGACACGCUCUGGCUCACAAAAAGGACACACAGACACACAAUUUACAAACCUCAAAGUAGCAACCUGAGUGUGUUUUAAUGGAAUGGAGUCUUUUUAGAUAGAGGGAGGCCAAAAGGCAAAGAAAACUUAAGUACCUUAAGCCAAUUGGCACUAAAACAAAACUUAAAUCUAACAAGCAAUUAUAAAUACUUACAACAGACUAUGUAUCUAUGUAUAUCGAAGUGGGUGUCUGCGAAUGUAGGGCAUUUCCCCCAACCUAGUUUUAUUUGUACUUUUUCCCCUUCAACUGAACUAAAUCUAAUGCAACACCAAAUUGUUGAUAUCUAACGAAACUAUACAAUAGGAAAACUAUUAUAGCUAAUGUAAUUGGAUAUUCGGUACUCACAUAUCUGUUAGAUAAUUUAUACCUAUCUUCGUCCUAAUAGAACUUUUAAGUGCGGCGCAUGUACGGAACAAGCAUUCUUCUUCAACUUCAACUAGUUAACUAACCUACCAUCCAACUUUGUCCCAAGAAAUCAAAAUUCAGCUACUUAAACUGUUUGUUUCCGACUUUCAGCUUAGUAGACCAGCAAAAUAGGAACGGAUAUGAAACUGUUAACUAAACUUUUAAGCGAAAUAUACCUAGAGUGUAAUCUUUUUAAAUAUUAUACCUUACUUGUAUGGGAUACUUAGCAUGAACUAUACACAUAUAUCGGAAAACUAAAGAAUGUUUAACAAAUCAACGUAUUAUAUGUAUAUGUACAGACACAGACACUGAUACACCCCAACCACAUACAAAACAUAGAGUUAUAUAUAUACAUAUAUAAUAUAUAUAAUUGUAAAACGACUUUCCAGUUUCUGUAAAAUUGUAAUUACAUCCAAUAAAGUUUAA